AUGGAUUUCAGAAUUGCACUCUACUGUCUGAUCGCUCUCUGCAGUUCCCACGGUGUUAAGUCCGCCGUCUUCACCGUAGAAAACAACUGCCGGUUCACGAUCUGGCCGGCGAUUCUAACCGGUCGCGGCGGCGCUGUUUUAUCCGGAUUCGAAUUAGCCCCACGCGCCGCCCAGAGCGUCGCCGUGGCUCCGCCGUGGUCCGGCAGGGUCUGGGGACGAUACAACUGCAAAAACAACGGGACGUUCGUUUGCGAUAGCGGCGACUGCGUCACCGGAAAAAUCCCCUGCGACACCGCCGGCGGGAUUCCGCCGGUGACGCUCGUGGAAUUCACGCUCGCCGGCGCGGACAACAAGGAUUUCUUCGAUGUCAGUCUGGUCGACGGAUUUAACCUUCCGGUGGCCGUCGCACCGUCGCGGAGGAGCUGCCCGCCGACGAGCUGCCCGGCGGACGUCAACAGCGGCUGCCCGGCGGAAUUCGCGGUCAGAGGCGGCGACGGGAACGUGGUGGGGUGUAAGAGCGCGUGCGUGGCGCUGAAUCAGCCGGAGUAUUGCUGUUCCGGCGAGUUUAGUACGCCGGAAAAGUGCCCGCCGACGAAGUACUCGAUGAUGUUCAAGAGACAGUGUCCGCAGGCGUACAGCUACGCGUACGACGAUGCGACGAGCACUUUUACUUGUCCCAACGGCGGCGAUUAUCGCAUCACUUUCUGUCCUAAUUAG